AUGAAGCUCUUUGCUGUAACCGGACUUCUAUUCUGGUCAAGCCUUGCAUACGCGCGUAAUCACAAUUUCUGUGCCUGCCAGACCCAUACUAAUGGGGGUUUGGACCUGCAAGCAACAAUUUACUGUUGCGAUGAGCUUCAAGGAAAAGCCAAUGCUGCAAUGGAGCUAAUCACGAAGCCUUUUGAGGGUGGAGCGAAAUUUCCUGGGUCCUAUUGCGGAAGUGAACCGGCCGGGGACGGACGCCAUGCCACUACGAUGUCUGGGGACUGGUGGCAUAGUUGCUGUCAGCGGAAGCUGGGUGAAGGGGCCGAUAGCACAUGCUACUGGUAA